AGCCUUCCUCAUCGAGUCGUGAUGACGAUGUGAAGCGGUGGUUUGCAGACACAUUAGAGGCUCAGCAGCAGCAGAAAUACCACGGACAGAGCGGGUCUCGUCCAGCCGCUUCCCGUCGCCCACACUUCCGGAGCAGACCCUGUUACAGGCAGCUGUGGGUCGGGAUGCGACCGUCUGAGAUGACGGGAGGACGGUGCCAGUAAAACGCAGCGGCUGGUUGCGUUGUGUUAAAUCUCGCUUUUGCAAUCUCAGCUGAAGAGAUUGCAUCACAUCAGCAGCAGUUUUUCUAUCGACCGACACUCAGCGGGGAUACAGGCUUUUAAUCCUACUGUCUGCCGUCAACUGUUGCUUAUUUUCACUGUAAAUGAAUCUUGUAAGGUUUAUGAACAACCGUGUUCCUCCUAACAAGCGAUAUCAACCCACAGACUAUGAGCAUGCUGCCAACUGUGCCACGCAUGCGAUGUGGAUAAUCCCCAGCCUACUGGGCAGCUCACUGUUGCACUACGAGUCAGAGGACCAAUGGGAGCGGCUGUCAGCCUGGGUAUAUGGGGCGGGGCUCAGUUCGCUCUUCAUCAUCUCCACUCUGUUCCACACUGUGGCCUGGAAGAAAAGCCACCUUCGUUCUGUGGAGCAGUGUUUCCACAUGUGUGACAGGAUGGUGAUCUACUUCUUCAUCGCAGCCUCUUAUGCUCCAUGGCUAAACCUUCGGGAGUUGGGUCCGUGGGCAUGUCACAUGCGCUGGUUGGUUUGGGUCAUGGCGUCUUUUGGAACCACCUAUGUCUUCUUCUAUCAUGAGAGGUAUAAACUCAUGGAGUUGAUCUGCUAUACAGUGAUGGGAGUUUUUCCUGCUCUGGUCAUUUUCUCAAUGCCGGAGCAGUCCGGGUUGUGUGAGCUGCUGGUCGGUGGAGCCUGCUAUUGUCUUGGUAUAGUCUUCUUCAAAAGUGAUGGCAUCGUCCCAUUCGCUCAUGCCAUCUGGCAUCUUUUUGUAGCUGUGGGAGCAGCCAUACAUUACUACGCCAUCUGGAAGUACCUCUACGCCCAGACUCCCAGGCAGGUCCAGACCUCCAGAUGACAUCAGUGAUGACUUCACAGGAAUGGACUCCUGUGAUUAAGCUGCUUGGGAGAGCUGUGUCCAAGUUCAAAGCUUGCUUCAAAUAAGGGUGAACUUAAAUGGAAAACUACCAGUACAUUUAGGCAUCUUGACUGUUUGUGUGAUUUGCACAAAUGAGCAAAUCACAGGCAGCGGCAGACAGCAAGCCUUCCUCUCUGGUGCCACCUUGUUUCAUCUGACGGGACCAUUUUCUACUGCAACAAAAGUAGUCCUAUCAGGCAGCUAGAAAAUAUCAACAAAUGUGCUUUGCACAUUAAAAUCUGUGUUUGCUAGACUCUUUAUGGAAUAAAGUUCCCAGCUAGAAAGAAGUACAUACACCUCCAAACUGUACAUAUUGCUGGAAAAUCAAGUUGGAAAAUCUAUAGGCUUCAGAACCUCAGUCUGACCUACUCACCAGUCACCAAUAGAAAAGGUUUUAUACCUUUGAGCACCAAUGUUGCCACCAAGAAAUAUAGAGUGCAGAAUAUCACACCUGACCAUAUGCUGUAUUCUCAGCAAUUUUCACCAUUACUUAUAUUAUUUUAUGCUGUUGUUUAAGAAAACAGCAGAGAGAAAGACUGAUUGCUAAAAGAUAAUAGUGCAGUAAGAUCAUAAUAACCUUAACAUUAAAAGUAGGAUUAAAAAUUUCAGUAAAGUUCAAAUGAUGUUGGAGAUGACACAACUCAGCUCAAUUAUACUGACGACCCUGCUACAAAACCAGAGGUGAAACCUCAGGUAAAAACACAGAUUGGUCCCAGCUGCUUGGAAAGCCUUGUGCUUUUCUCAAGGAUUCCUUCAUUUGAGUCUUAUCUCCACUAUCUCCCAAGGAAACAAUGUUGAGACAAUGUUAAUUAAAAGUUGGGUAAAUCUUACAACAAUGUCACUCCCUGGAAUAAUGAUCAAAGAUGUCAGAUACCACCAACCUGCAGUAGAUUAUACAACAACAACAAAUGAGGUCUUUCAUGAAAAAAAAAAACAAUA